AUGAACGUUGGCAGUGGUGGAAAUUUGGCUUGUGUAAUUAAAACCAGCAGCCCGGUGUCCUAUGAUGUGGAUUUUGAUCUAAGAUUAUCAGCAAGUGUCUUCCGUAUCGCUCUCCAAAGAUUUCUUGAGUAUAGGCAGGAACAAGAAAGCAGUACUUGCUAUGUUCCAGGCACCAUGCCAAUGAUCAGGAAAACAAAGGCUUGUCCUAAUUCGCCGGUGAAAACUCAUUACUCUGAAUCCGCUGUCACCAUAAAUCCUGCCUCCCAGCUUCAGAAUACUGAAGAGAAGAGGAUCUGCCAAGAUCUAUAUAAGGUGUUUGGGACGCUUGGGAACACCAGCCUUCACAAUCCCAACGUCCGGGACAAGCCGGGCCUGGAGCGCUUCGUGGCCAUGAACCGGGGCAUCAACGAGGGUGGGGACCUGCCCCAGGUGCUGCUCAGGAACCUCUAUGACAGCAUCCGAAAUGAGCCCUUCAAGAUUCCUGAGGAUGAUGGGAAUGACCUGACCCACACCUUCUUCAACCCGGAUCCGGAGGGCUGGCUCCUUAAGCUGGGAGGCCGGGUGAAGACGUGGAAGCGGCGCGGGUUUAUCCUCACAGACAACUGUCUCUACCAUUCUGAGUACCCCACCGACAAGGAACACCACAGAAUUAUCCCCCUGGAGAAUCUGAGCAUCCGAGAAGUGGAUGACCCCCGAAAACCGAACUGCUUUGAGCUUUACAUCCCCAACAACAAGGGGCAGCUCAUCAAAGCCUGUAAAACAGAGGCGGCCGGCCGGGUGGUUGAGGGGAACCACAUGUGGUUGAGGAGAACCACAUGGUGCACCGUUCUCGGCCCGACCCAGGAGGAGAAGGAGGAGUGGAUCAAGUCCAUCCAGGCAGCAGUGAGUGUGGACCCCUUCUAUGAGAUGCUGGCAGCAAGGAAGAAGCGGAUUUCUGUCAAGAAGAAGCAGGAGCAGCCCUGCCCCCCUGCCCCCCAACCGCAUUAUUUAUUACGGAGCUGCCUUACCCGGGUGGCCGGACCCCUGGGUCCCGGGGCUGCGGAUCCUGGUUCUCUGUUUGGAAAAUUCACCACCACUAGCUCCUCUCUCGUUAUUUGUAAUUUAAAAAAAAAUGAAAUUAAAUUAAAUUACCUUUUCUAA